GCGGGCGCUCCUAGCAAAGUCUUGCCACGACAUCCUUCCGGCCGAAUAUGACAGGCCCGAAAAGGCGGACGUUCCACUCGACGCCGCAUUCAAGGAUUGUUUCAUCUACUUCAACCACUUGAUACCAGCAUCGACGUCGUGAACCAGAUGUACCUCCGACUCGCCAUGUCACGCGGAGCGGCCUACAUCUGCGCGGACAACGAGGACAACAUGGCCAUCAUCAUUCCGAUUCUAUUCGGCACUGUGCUGGUGCAAGAGAAGGUGUCCGCGAUCAUGGUGCAGGUAAUGAACAACAGGCGGUUCACAACGAAGGUGGAGCGUUAUCUGUUCGACUUGAUGAACCCGUACAGGUGCGGUGUUUUCGACAGCAAGGUAAAAGCCCCGCCUCCGGUCAUACGCAUGUUCUUCGCACUUGCUUCGCCCGAGUCGUCCGUGACGAUCCCCUCGCAACGGCUCACCCCCAACACAGGCGUAGGCAGAUAUACUGCGUACGAUAUCUGGUGCGCCGGCGCGCGUGGUUCAACAUUCGCGGUGGUCCAGGAAGACGAGGAGGACGUGCUCGCCAGGCUCCUCGAAACACUACGCGAGCACCGCGAGGUCGCGAAGUUGUAUGAGGACCCCUGGCAUCCAGAGUCAGAGUCAACGGUACAUGCUAUCCGGACAAUGAGCCCAGGUACCUCGACGCAUCGUAGCUACUUUGAGCAGUGGUUUGACCUCGAGGAUUCCGACGAGGAAAUUGAACUUGCAGAGCCGGAGUCCGAGUAG